AUGUUUCUCAUAAACCUCGAGCCAUACACCGAAGGGUCCUACAGGCUCGAGGAAAUACGAAUCACGAUUCCAUUCGGUAAACCGGGAGAGGGAACACCGUGUCUGAUGGAGAAUUACUCAGGUAGUGGUGCCGAGAUGAUCACAAAUGUCCGCUUCAACGUCAUGGUCGAUAUCACGACUAAGAAUGAGCCGCCAAGUAUAGUCUUGCGGCUUGUCCCACGUGUUAGAUCUAAGGAUGACAAGCCUCCACGUGUACCGUUGAGGAGCUGUCGUGAGCUUAGCUUUAUCUUAAAUGGCGUGCGAGUGAAUCAGUUUCAGAAACCGACGGAAAUCGGAUGGGAUGUGAAAGAAAAAUACAAGGAUGAGCAGACGCGUGCUCCUUUUUAUAAAGUUAAUCCAAUAACUCUUUCCUAA